AUGGCUUGCUGUCAGUAUGCACUCAUUCCUCCUCCUUCGGAUUUGAUGAGAAGAGAGAUGAAGGAUGCCCUAGCACCGUUUUUGGCAAGUAUCAAUUGGUUACCUAUCUCCGUGUUUGGCAUGAGUAACUACGAUACCAACCCCUUCGCGGAAGACGAUGUUAAUCCCUUCGCCGAUGGAGGGCAAUCAAAUCGUGGUGGUGGUGCAUUCUAUAAUACGAAUUCAGGGCGUGCUUCUGCAACCUCAAAGCUUUCACCCCUGUCCCCUGAGCCUUAUGAUCGUGCAGCAACUGUUGACAUUCCUAUCGGUUCCUCAAUUGACCUUAGAGCUAAGGAAAAGGAACUGCAAGCUAGAGAGGCUGAGCUGAAAAGAAGGGAACAGGAGCUAAAACGAAAGGAAGAUGCUCUUGCACGAGCUGGAAUAGUAAUAGAGGAGAAAAAUUGGCCACCUAUUUUCCCCGUAAUUCAUCACGACAUUGCAAAAGAAAUACCAAUACAUCUUCAAUCAAUCCAGUAUGUUGCAUUUACAACAUGGUUGGGUUUGAUUGUAUGUCUUUUAUGGAAUAUGGUAGCAGUUACUGUAGCUUGGGUCAAAGGAGAAGGUCUUUCAAUCUGGUUUCUAGCUAUCAUAUACUUUAUUUCCGGUGUUCCAGCAUCCUAUGUUACGUGGUAUCGCCCUCUUUAUCGUGCUACAAGGACGGACAGUGCUCUAAAGUUUAGCUGGUUUUUCUUGUGUUACGCGGUACACAUUCUCUUCUGCGUUCUUGCUGCAAUUGCUCCUCCAAUUUUCUUCAAAGGGAAAUCUCUCACAGGCAUUCUACCUGCGUUUGAGGUAUUGGACGACAAUACAAUGGUUGGGCAAGUAUAUAUGUACUUUAGGGGCAGUGGAAAGGCUGCAGAAAUGAGGCGUGAGGCUGCAAAAGGAGCAAUGAGGGCAGCUCUAUGA